AUCGCUGUCAGAAGAGGAAAUAUGACCAUAUUUAGACAGCAGCUGGAGUCCAGAGAGUUGAUAUGUCAGCUGGACUGGAACCACCGAUAACUCGGCAAGGAGGGAUUUAACUCGCGACCUGAAUUUAGACUGAAUCUUAACCUAGACUGUGCAAUCCGGGAUGUUUUGGACGCGUUCAGGACUUCCAGCGUCAUCGGAAUCCGCUUCCCUAUGAGCUUGGGGUCGUGACAGCUUCCCCAUAUCGCGAUAGGAGCGGUUUUGUCGCUACAACUUCAAACUAUUCGGCACCUACUAGCCUAACCUAUCGCUAUAACCCGGUUUCUUACCCGGGUUUUGGAGUACCAGCAUGUCUGUGUAACCACUGUCAAGUUCCAGGAUUGUCUGGGGAAUGUGAGGACGCUGUUCUUACGGUUUGUGGACGGCGAGUGUCGUCUGAUUUGUUUCUUACAGAAUUUGGUUUUAGUCACUUUCCCCACCCCCCACCCCCAACGCCUGGCUACCGAGCUAGCAGACAUGGCUAACAAAGUGUAGCUUGUGUUCACUGAGCCUUAAAAACACGGCUAUGCCGACACGGCGACACCAUAGAGCCCGGUAAAUAGGAGUCCCGGUGACGGACUGCAGUAGAGCCCGGUGUGACAGUCAGCACGAGUGUGGUCGGAGGGCCAGGACGCCCCACCAGGACACGGCCCAUCGCCGUGGGAGACAGCGGACCUUACGGAGGACGAGUUCCCAGCUUCAGACCGCUUAGGUCCCGGCAGAGACCGGGGCACUGACCUCAUGAAUGGACACCGGAACAACAGCAACGGUAGCGGUGGAGGCCCAGGCUCUGUUCCAGGUGCCCAGGCGCCCGGGCUUCGGUUCAGCAGGGAAGCCCAUCAGGCUCCUGGCUAACUGCUUCCAGGUGGACAUCCCCCAGAUGGACGUCUACCUGUACCAGGUGGACAUCACGCCUGAGAAGUGUCCUCGCAGGGUCAACAGGGAGGUGGUCGACUCUAUGGUGAAGCACUUCAAGGUGACCAUCUUCGGGGACCGGAGGCCGGUCUACGAUGGGAAGAGGAGCCUGUACACAGCUAACCCUCUACCUCUAGCAGCAGCCGGGGUGGACCUGGAUGUCACUCUACCAGGGGAAGGGGGGAAAGACCGGCCCUUCAAGGUGUCCAUUAAGUUGGUCUCCAACGUGAGUUGGCACACAUUGCACGAUGUGCUGGCGGGGCACGGUACCCCAGACCCCCUGGAACUGGACAAGCCCAUCAGCACCAACCCUGUUCACGCCGUCGACGUGGUGCUCAGACACCUGCCCUCCAUCAAGUACACACCCGUGGGCCGUUCGUUCUUCUCCCCUCCAGAAGGUUAUGACCACCCGCUGGGCGGGGGAAGAGAGGUGUGGUUCGGCUUCCAUCAGUCCGUCCGCCCCGCCAUGUGGAAGAUGAUGCUCAACAUCGAUGUGUCUGCCACAGCGUUUUACAAGGCCCAGCAGGUGGUCCGGUUCAUGUGUGAGGUUCUGGACAUCCACAACAUCGAUGAGCAACCCCGGCCCCUCACAGACUCCCACCGGGUCAAGUUCACCAAGGAGAUCAAAGGUCUGAAGGUAGAGGUGACCCACUGUGGGACGAUGAGGAGGAAGUACCGUGUGUGUAAUGUCACUCGCCGCCCGGCCAGCCACCAGACCUUCCCCCUGCAGCUAGAGAACGGGCAGACGGUGGAGCGCACGGUGGCUCAGUACUUCAAAGACAAGUACAGCCUGCAGCUGAAGUACCCCCACCUGCCCUGUCUGCAGGUGGGCCAGGAGCAGAAACACACCUACCUGCCCCUGGAGGUGUGUAACAUUGUAGCAGGCCAGCGCUGCAUCAAGAAGCUGACUGAUAACCAGACCUCGACGAUGAUCAAGGCCACGGCUCGCUCUGCCCCCGACAGACAGGAAGAGAUCAGCCGGCUGGUGCGCAGCGCCAACUACGAAGCGGACCCCUUCGUCCAGGAGUUCAGGUUCAAGGUGCGGGACGAGAUGUCCCAGGUGACGGGGCGCGUGCUGCCCCCACCCAUGCUGCAGUAUGGAGGUCGGGUGAGCACCGAAAACUACCUGAGCCGUACGGUGGCGACCCCCAGCCAGGGUGUGUGGGACAUGCGGGGGAAGCAGUUCCACACCGGGGUGGAGGUCAAGAUGUGGGCCAUUGCCUGUUUCGCCACGCAGAGACAGUGCAGAGAGGAGAUCCUCAAGGGCUUCACGGACCAGCUGCGCAAGAUCUCAAAGGACGCUGGGAUGCCCAUCCAGGGCCAGCCGUGCUUCUGUAAAUACGCCCAGGGGGCCGACAGCGUGGAGCCCAUGUUCAGACACCUGAAGAACACCUACGCCGGCCUGCAGCUCAUCAUCGUCAUCCUGCCCGGGAAGACCCCCGUCUACGCGGAGGUGAAGCGUGUGGGAGACACCCUCCUGGGCAUGGCCACGCAGUGUGUCCAGGUGAAGAACGUGGUGAAGACGUCUCCCCAGACGCUGUCCAACCUCUGCCUCAAGAUCAACGUCAAGCUGGGAGGAAUCAACAACAUCCUGGUCCCUCACCAACGGCCCUCGGUGUUCCAGCAGCCUGUAAUCUUCCUGGGAGCCGACGUCACACAUCCCCCGGCUGGGGACGGCAAGAAGCCCUCCAUUGCAGCGGUGGUGGGCAGUAUGGACGCCCACCCCAGCAGGUACUGCGCUACGGUGCGUGUCCAGAGGCCCAGGCAGGAGGUGAUCCAGGACCUCUCCUCUAUGGUGCGAGAGCUGCUGAUCCAGUUCUACAAGUCGACCCGCUACAAGCCCACCAGGAUCAUCUUCUACCGGGACGGGGUGUCCGAGGGACAGUUCAGACAGGUGCUGUACUACGAGCUGCUGGCGAUCCGGGAGGCCUGCAUCAGCCUGGAGAAGGACUACCAGCCCGGCAUCACCUACAUCGUGGUCCAGAAACGCCAUCACACCCGCCUCUUCUGUGCUGACCGCAAUGAGAGGGUCGGGCGCAGUGGCAACAUCCCCGCCGGCACCACGGUAGACACGGACAUCACCCACCCCUCCGAGUUUGACUUCUACCUCUGCAGCCACGCCGGGAUACAGGGUACCAGUCGGCCCUCGCACUACCACGUCCUCUGGGACGACAACUGCUUCACCGCCGACGACUUCCAGGUCCUCACCUACCAGCUGUGCCACACGUACGUCCGCUGCACGCGCUCCGUGUCCAUCCCCGCGCCGGCCUACUACGCUCACCUGGUUGCCUUCCGCGCCCGCUACCACCUGGUGGACAAGGAGCACGACAGUGCGGAGGGCAGCCAUGUCUCUGGUCAGAGCAACGGCCGGGACCCUCAGGCGCUGGCCAAGGCGGUCCAGAUCCACCACGACACCCUGAGGACCAUGUACUUCGCCUGAACACACACAUACACACAGAGUAACACACACACACACACACACACAGACACACAGACACACACACACACACACACACGCAGAGAGAGUAAUAUAUACGCACACACACACUAACAUAUGCACACACAUAGCGUGUCAGUCUUGGAGUAUAUAGAGGUGUGUGUGCCCCUACAUCCUGUCUACCCAGACCAGACACUGUGCAAGGAGGGACGUACAUACACACACACGGAUAUAUUCUGGACUGAGGACAUGAGCACUGCUUUAAUAUCAAAAGACUUUUAUGCAAUACUGAACCAGCCAAUCAUGAUUUUAGUUCCCCCCCCCCCCCCCCCUCCUCAUUUUCCCCGGGAGAUGUGAGGGGCAUUUUCCCUAACCUUCAGCCGCCAUCCCAUCAUGUUUCUUGCGUAGCCCAACUCGGUUUAAACAGCAGCCCUUUUGGAUUGGUCAGUUUUAAUUUUUUUUUGUGUGUGUUUUUAUUUUUAUAUGACAGCGAUAUAAUAUAUGUGCCUGUUUGGGUUCCCUCUGUCUGGAUGUAACCCCAAAGCCUGGCUGCAGCCAGGCUUCAACUGCCUCCUUUAUAUUUAAGACGGUGUCAUGCCCCCAUCUGGCCACACGGGGGAGGUGUUGGCCCUCUGGUGAUGUACAGUGACGCACCGGGGGAGAUCGGGAGGGGUUUCAACUUCAUCAGCUCUGUGUUUUCUAAGGGGUUUCAUCUUUGUUAAUUUUUGUUUCUUUUCCAUUUUUAAGAAAAAUCCUUUUCGGUUCCCAUAUGAUAUUUAAAUGUGACGAUAUUUCCGCUCGCCCCGGUUGCUACCCUAGCUCUCAUUCCCCGUCUGAAGGAGUGAGGUAACGCUGUCUCAAAUGCGAGUAGGAAGCUUCCUCGGUAGUUCCUUACCUUGUGAAAGUGGUCAAUUAAGUCCCACCGCCUAAUCGGCUAGCAUCAUGUGACGAUCACGUCGGGCGUACGUCCUAUCCUACGAGGGGGUGGGUCACAUCGGGGUCCUUUAGGGAUCUUACACACCGAGGAUCACUCUGACAUUUCCUUGAAGCCAAGUCCUAUGUUCCUGCUGAAUUGGAACAGUCCUAUGCCACCACAACACCUCCAAUUGCCCCCUUUUUAGGAAGCUUCCAUGCAAUUGAGACUCAGCCCUUGGGAAGGUCAUUCCACAACAAAUAUUUUGGAGAUGGUAGGGGAGAGAGACAGUUUGAAGAGCGUCGGUAGGACAGAGAGAUAGUUUUGAAGAGCGAUGGUAGGGCAGGGAGACAGCUUAACGAGAGAUGGUAUAUCGACAAUUUUAGAGAACGCUGGAUAACGGGCAGUUUAAAUAGAGAUGGAACAGAGAAAGAUAAUAGAUGGUACAGUUUGAAGAGAGAUGGUAGAGGGCAGAGAGAGUUUAAAGAAAGACGGUUGAGAACACAGACAGUUUUUAGAGCUUUGGUAGAGAGACAGUAAAGAAAUCUAGAGAACAGUGACGGGAGAUAGUGUUUUUGACCUCUGGAAAAUGACCCAUCGAUAUGUUGGGGAGAGGAGUGUGUGAUUCCCUAUGAAUAUAAAAAUGCUUUAUUGCAUUUCAUGAGAGCCUUGACCAUGUUAGGCUUUUAAACACCUCAUAUAUUUUAUUUUAAGUAAUAGCCCUUUUUAUGUUAUGAAAUUGCCUCCUGCACAGCCCCCUUGAAGCAUGAAGUUGAUCAAGGGUUUUGAUAUCACAGUAUAUAUCAGUAUGUAUAUAUAGUGGUGUGUAUAUACAGCUGAAUACCUAGUAGAGCAAGGUUUUUAGAAUGUCGUGUAUGGAGAGCCAAUGUUUUUAAUAAGAGCAGCGAUAAAUGACAGUAGUGUGUAUGUAUAUAUAUGUGUAAUAUAACACUGUAGUGUAUCUUGAGCAGUAAGACCGCAGUACUAUUAAUAUGUCUACUGCAGUAUAUUUGGAAAUAUUUUAAGUGCCUGGUGCAGCGACAUGGAGGUUAGAAGUAAUUUUGACUCUGAUUCCAGUAACUGACAAAACACACAUCUUAGGAUGGUUCCACGCUAGCCAUUGGUGAACAGCCUUGAACUUUGCUAUAUUAAAAUGUUUUCCUCUUAGCUCCGUGACGGCUGCGGUCCUCAUAUUAAAUAAUGAUAUAUAUAUAAAUAUAUAUCUCUGCAUUCUGCUGCUAUAUUUAGUUGGGUAACGGCCAGUUUCAUCAUGCACAUGGGGAAGCAAACGCGCUUGUGUGUGUGUGUGUGUCUGUGUGUGUGUGUGUGUGUGUGAUUGUGAUAAGCACUGGAGACUGAUCGCAGGCAUGGUGCUAUUCUCAGAGUCUCGAUCUCUGGAAGAGGAGGGUGAAGGGAGAUACAGGCCGAAGGGGGGGGGGGGGGGGCAGAAAUGGUGGAAAGCUUCCCCAGGGAGGAAUGCUUUCCCUGGGGCGGCGUGGUCUAGAGCCAUGGGGGUCUUGACCGAUUUGAGCCCCCCGUUACUUCACUAGGGUCUGAAAGUACUUUUGACAUAGACAGACAGAUAAACGUAAGUUUGUACAUUUAGACAACGUUGUAAUGCACACCACUUAUUUUUGGUAACAGAAAAGUUCUUAAAGAUGUUGUGCUGCUGCUUGGUUUAACUUAAGUAUACUCAGUGGGAAGUGUCUUGCUGUGUGUGUGUGUGUGUGUGUGUGUGUGUGUGUGUGUGUGUGUGUGUGUGUGUGUGUGUGUGUGUGUGUGUGUGUGUGUGUGUGUGUGUGUGUGUGUGUGUGUGUGUGUGUGUGUGUGUGUGUGUGUGUUUUAUGCUGUGUAGUCUCUAGAGUAGCGAGCGUUAAUACACCGUCCCGGACUGACAAUGUUGACUUAAUAACCAUCUUUCAACCCGGUGAAGAAGAGCUAUGGAGAUGUUGUGGUGUUGCAGUCGUUUCGUUUCUUGUCUAUGUGAGGACACCCAAGUCCGAGGCUGUCACUGAUGGUUUUGAUAUGCUGUUUCCCAAUAAGAUGGAAUGUGUGGUGUUGUAAAGUCCCUCUAGGUACCAAGAGUAGAGGGAGACUUUAGAUUCUAUCCUAGCCAAACCCCCUUGAUGUUGGACCAGUGCUGGUACUGCUAGAAUGUUGUGUGUUGUUGGAGGAGGAGGAGGAGGAGGAGGAGGAGGGGGAACUGGACGAGGUGUUUGAGGUGGAGGGGAGCCCAGUGGGGUGUCUUUUGAAACCUUUAAGGAACCAGAACACAUGUUUACAGAUCAGAUGUGUUUCCUGCUCCGAGCUGGUUUCUAGAAGGUCAUCCACCAUGCAGAGAGAAAAAUCCCAUUCAAAGACUGUUGAAGCUUGAAGCUAACCUUUUAGCUCGAGGGUUGAGCCUGACAUUUCAAGUUCUUAAGCAAGUACUCUGCUAUAUUUCGAAUACUUUUCUUUUGCCCUUCCAGAAAUAGGUACUACAAGGAGGUGCUGAAUGUUAGUUUUUCUCCAGUUAUCAGUUAUUCCAUAACACUGCCACAGGUCAAGCUCUCCCUUUUUGAAGGUGUCUGGAUAUGAACUAGUAACCCUUAAUCUGACUACAAUGGACGUAGUCUCUGGAUGGAUGUCUGUCUAUUUUCUCGACAACCGUUUAUGCGAUCGACUUCAUCCUGAGCGGAUGUCCUCCCGAGGAAGUGCAGUUUUCAGGUGUCUGGAUUAUUACCGGAGGUCAAGCUAGUUUCCAUUUCGAACAGGCAAAGAUCGAACUGUCACUGCAUUAGUAAUUCUAAUAUAUAAAAAACUAGCUAGUAGCGAUGGUGUGAGAGAGAACCCCAGAAAGUGCCUUUCCUCUCCAAUGAAAUAAGUGAAGUAUUUUCUCUUGAGGACCUCGGAAUUAAACAACUUUUUAUUUGUAUCUUUUAUCUACAACACUGACUUCAUGCUUGCGCAUUUAAGGGUUACUACGCCGUCUCAGAGUGCCAAUGGGGAGCACCAGGUGGUGACUUACCAUUGCAUGUAUUUAGUGGUUUUCCUUUGGUGCUUGGCAGUGCGUUGAGUCUUGAACCAGUAGUUUGUCUCCAGUACAGAAGGAACCGUUCUGGUUUUACGACGAGAUGGAGAGAGCGGUCAUGAAGAACAAAGUAGUCUUUCAAAGAUCGGAGUAGAGCGAGAAUAGUUCUCCAAAGUAUUGUGGGAGUAUUGUCUGGAACACGGACAAGCUCUCUGAGAACUGACUCUCCUUUGAGGCUUUGCUCUUCUAAACUGCCCAAAGCCCAUGUCAGGGGUCUUAACUGUGCCUGGGCUAAUGGAAGAGCAGCAUUAGAGUCAGGAUAUUAAGUCAAGCUUUCAUUCAAAAUAAAUGUACUGAUUCAGAUUCGAUGAGAUGCAACAAGGAAAGGUUGUGAAAGUGGAACUAGCUGCUUGUGUUGGAGCUAGCAUUGUGGAGCCUGCAUACUGGCGCUAGUGUGAUGGUGCUAGCAUGGCAGAGGUAGCAUCGUUGGGCUGGAAUGGCAGGGCUAGCAUGUUGGAGCUAGCAUGGUAGACGUAGCAUGGUCGGGCUAGCAUGGUGGAGCUAGCACAUUGGAGAUCGCAUGGGUAGAGCUAGCAUGUUUGAGCUUGCACUGUACAGUCUGCGCAGUAGCAAUAGUUCUGUGGGUACCUGUUCAGACACCAAAACUUUCUUUCCAGAGAUUUCUAAAACACUGCACCUCACGUACCUCGGUAUGCUGCAAAUGUUGACUGACCCAAAUAUUGCAAGUCUUGCUUUUAUUAUUACUUAUAACGCUUGUCUAAGGCUUGAUUAUAAUAUUAUUAUAGCUAUUUUAGACGUAAAUAUCUUAUUUUGUCUUAUCCAAACUCAAAUGUCAUGCCCACUUUAUUUUGUUGUCCUAUUAAACUAAAUGUUCUAUCAAUAAAUGUUGACUAAAAAAAUAUCUCUAUAUAUAUAUAUAAAAUAUAUAUAUAUAUAUUUGAUGCUGUAUUUAUGGAGAGCUCUUUUAAGUGGGUGGAGUGUCUGUGGUGAGCAGGUAGGGCGCGUGUACACCCCAACCCUUCCUUCAUGAUGCCUUAACGACAGCACACUGAUAUGGAGGAGGUGCAGGGGGGGGGGGACGUUGGAGACCAGAGACCACAGACCCGGGGGGGGUGGGGGGCCAAAGAUGAACAAAGACCAGACCAGAGAGGCUAGAAUAGACCAGGCCAGAGGAGUCGAUGGUGCCACCCUCCGCGUGGAGUCCCGGUUCUGUCUCUCUAUCUAGUCAUCCAUCAGACUCUUUUAUUCAAAGAAAUCGACAGUGAAAGUUUGAGCUACGUGUCAUUAAGGAGCAAGUGGGGGGGCCAGGGAAGCAUCUUGCUCAAGGACGACUACAGGUAGACUGCGGACAUUAGGAGAUCUAACCCAGAACCUUCCUGCCGGGAGUCGAACAUCCUCACCACUAGACUAUCCUCUCUUCAACGUUUACAUUCCAGGAGCCACUGUGAACCCAAUGCCGCUCCAGAGAUUAGCUUUCUGAUCUUCAAACGACGACCUUUGGACCUUCACCCCUCAAUACUUUUUCAAUGUUGCAAAGACUCUGUUACCCAGAAUGCUUCUGUUCUUCUCGCUUUUAGGUUGUCAGCCCUUGGCUGUUGCUUUGUGUCAUUCUCAAGUGCUUUCUUCACUGAAACUUGCAAUAAAAGCUUUGCUCUGUCUAGCACGUUUCUGUGUGAUGUGUUUAAUGCUGGAGGGACCCCCCCUUUGAUUUAAAAAUAAAUCCUUUCAUUCAGGCUGCUCCCAUUACAAUAAUAUAGUCCUUUGUGAAUU